CUCAGUACGAAUUGAGACUCUGUGGCGCACGGUUGAAAACCUUCAGUAGCAACAGAAAAGCGCACACAACAAACAAAAUAAAAAAAGUCAGUCCAACUAAAAAAGCAACGAGAGACGGCAAAUUGUGUAUUAUUGUUAUAGUUGUGUAUUGUGCAAUAACGCAGAAAAAGUAUAAUCGCAUACAUACAUACAUUGUACGUGCGUAAGUGUGCAUUUUGCAUAAAUAUUCCGAAUCAAUUUAAAUUAAAUACUUUUUUGGCUUAAUUAAAUACUUCCGCGCGUCGUCGACGUCGUUGUCAUUGUUGUUGUUGUUGUCGCCGCGCCAGUUUUUCCAUUGCGUGCUCACUCGCCGACGUCACACACAGCAGCAGACAUACAUACACUGACACACACACACACAUAUAUAUAUACAAGAGACACAGACAAUCUCUCAACUCGAUUGUUCCUGCUCUCGUUCUCGCAACAAAAACUACUCUCGCUGUUUAAUCACGCUGUCUCUGUCAUUUGUGCAUGCGUCUCUGUCUGGCUUACGCCGCAUUCGUUUUGUUUGUGUUGUAUUAAAAAGGGCCGCCGAGAAAAGAAGCAAGAAGCAGACAACGCGAUAGCAGCAAGUAACAAAACAAAAAUAAUACAAUUAAUAACGUUUGCAUGCGAAUUUAGACACUCAAAAAUAGUGCAUUACUAUAAACAAUAACAAAAUUAUAAAUCAAGUGCAUAUGGUGUAAAAACAGAAAGAAAAACAAAAACAACAAACAAACAAGCUGAUUCUACAAACAAACAUACAACAAACGGUAAAGAAAAGAAACCUAAGCGAUAAAAUUUGCAAAGCGCCAAUUGAAAGUGCAAUAAGAAUUUGAAACGACAUAUGAAACGUUUCAAAUAAGUUGAAAGAAAGUGUUUAAUAAGGAAAGCGACAACAUCAACAUUCAAUAAAUACUUAUAUUCAAAUAUAUCUACAACAAAGAGAUUCGCAUAUAAAAAAUCGCGCGCGUUUUUCAAGAUAUUUCAUCAAUCGUUUCGUGUGCUCGGUGCAAUUCUGUGUUUACGUUCCUUCGUUUACACACACACAAAUACACUGACAACACUUGAAUACACACACUCAGACACAGACACAGCACACACAUACGUGAUUUGUCACUAUCCGUUUGUGCAAAGCCCAUUAUCUUGUCCAGAAUCCCCGUGCAAUUAAAUAUCUAUAUAUUAUCAAUAUAACAAGCAAAGGCUCCGGCCCGAAACGUCAAGAUUUUCACGAAAAAAACUCUGCUCAACACGGAGGCUUCGCUUAACUACAACACGGCGACCACAAUGCCCUUUAACGGUGCAAGCAACGGCAGCGGAGUCGGUGGAGCCGUAGCAGGCAGCAGUGUAAGCGGUGGCGGGGCCACCAUCGUCGUCAGCGAGGGACCCCAGAACAAAAAGAUACGCACCGGCGUUCAACAGCCCGGCGAGAACGACGUCAACAUGCAUGCUAGGUCCACACAAAAUCAGAGUCAGCAGCAAGCACUUAUGAACAAGUCAAACGACGACCUAAGGAGAAAGCGUCCUGAGACUACACGGCCAAAUCACAUUCUACUCUUCACUAUCAUAAAUCCCUUCUAUCCCAUCACAGUUGAUGUCUUGCAUAAAAUUUGCAAUCCACAUGGCCAAGUGCUGCGCAUUGUUAUCUUCAAAAAGAAUGGCGUACAGGCCAUGGUCGAAUUUGAUAGCCUCGAUGCGGCAACACGUGCCCGGGAGAAUCUCAAUGGAGCCGACAUUUAUGCCGGUUGCUGCACUCUAAAAAUUGAUUUUGCCAAGCCAGAGAAAUUGAAUGUUUAUAAGAAUGAAACAGACACCAGCUGGGAUUAUACCCUGAGCACAGGUGAGAUUCAACCAAUUACAACAAUACAAACACAUGUAGCGUCACAUCGUAACCACCACCACCACCACCACCACAACAACAACCAACAACAACAACAACAACAACACCAACAACAUCAUCACCACCACCAACAACAACAACAACAACACCACCAUCAUCAACAACAACUUGUUGCCCCAGCUCAAACGCACAAUCUUGUUCCAUUUAAAGAGCCACCACUAUUGGGACCAGGCACCGCCUUCCCACCAUUCGGAGCACCCGAAUAUCAUCCCACCCAGCCGGAUAACUGGAAGGGCGCCGCUAUCCAUCCAACUGGCCUCAUGAAGGAGCCCACCGGCGUCGUUGCCGGACGCAAUGCGCCAGUCGCCUUCGCCCAGCAGGGACAGGCACAGGGCGCUGUCAUGAUGGUCUAUGGCAUGGACCAUGACACUUCCAACACAGAUAAGCUCUUCAAUUUGGUCUGCCUCUAUGGCAAUGUCGCACGGAUCAAGUUCUUGAAGACAAAGGAAGGCACCGCCAUGGUACAAAUGGGCGAUUCGGUUGCUGUUGAACGUUGCGUGCAACAUUUGAAUAACAUUCCCGUUGGCACUGGCGGCAAAAUACAGAUUGCAUUCUCAAAGCAGAACUUCCUAUCGGAGGUAAUCAAUCCAUUCUUGCUGCCGGAUCAUACACCCAGCUUCAAGGAGUACACUGGCUCCAAAAACAAUCGUUUCCUAUCACCGGCCCAGGCCAGCAAGAAUCGCAUUCAACCACCGAGCAAAAUCUUGCACUUCUUCAAUACACCGCCCGGUCUCACCGAGGAUCAGCUCAUUGGCAUAUUCAAUAUUAAGGAGGUGCCAGCCACAUCGGUGCGUCUAUUCCCAUUGAAGACAGAGCGCUCAUCGUCGGGUCUGAUCGAGUUCCCCAACAUUUCGCAAGCUGUUUUGGCCAUCAUGAAGUGCAACCAUCUGCCUAUUGAGGGUAAAGGCACCAAAUUUCCAUUCAUCAUGAAGUUGUGCUUCUCAUCGUCGAAGAGCAUGAAUGGAGCCUGGAAUAAUGCGGCCAAUGAGGGCAUGAUCGAGAAGGAGAAUGAUGGCGAUAUCAAGGUGGAGAUUUACAAUUGA